CCAAACUCAGCCUGUCACAGCCCAUGGCUGAGAGGGAGAUAAACAAGGCAAAAGCACAGAGAAAACCUGGUCUUCUGGGCUCCCCAAACAGCCCAGGCAGUCCAAGCAGGUUGGUGCUACAGGGCAAGGCUGUCAGCUACCAAGGACAAUGAACUUCCAGAAACUACUGCUGAAGUGAGAACUAGAGGUCUGUGGCCCUUCCAUUUCCUCAUCCUUGCCCUUGUCAAGCCUGAGUUGGGAUGUCAGGAGCCUCCAAGGAGAGUUUGGAACCCCGGGGUCUACCAGUGUUGGGCAAGGCCUGCUUAACCACCAUGGACAAAAAGCUUAACAUGCUGAAUGAGAAGGUUGACAAACUCCUGCAUUUCCAAGAAGAUGUCACAGAGAAGCUACAGUGUGUGUGCCAAGGCAUGGGCCACCUAGAGCAAGGCCUGCACCGGCUGGAGGCCUUCCAAGGGUUGGGCCCAGGGGCGGCUGAUAGUGCCCCUCCAGCUGACACACAGGCUGGGUGGACUGAGGUCCUAGAGCUGGUGAAGGCUGUGCGACAGGAUGGUGCCCAGCAUGGUGCCAAACUUGAAGCUCUCUUCAGGAUGGUGGUGGCUGUGGACAGGGCCAUCGCUUUGGUGGGGGCUGUGUUCCAGAACUCAAAGGUGGUGGAUUUCAUCAUGCAAGGGAGUGUUCCUUGGAGAAAAGGCAGCCUGGUUGACAGCCACGAGGAGAACAAAGAGCAAGUGGAAGAGAAGGGAACAAAACCAAAGCAUGCGUUGAGUACCAGGGGUGUGCAAGCUGACAUCAGGGGGCCUUGGGAAGAGAGCCAGAAGGCCGACCUGUCAGAGAGGACAGUGGAGAGGCUGCCCUCCUUCAGCACUUCAGGAAUGGGUACUGACCUCGUCUCCCAGGCAGGGGCCUCACCUGGGCAAGUGGAUGGGGUUCCUGGCCCAGGCCAGGUACCUCUUGGCCACUUGCUGCUGCCCACAGAGGUUGAAGCCAAAGAUCCUGAGACAUCCAGUGAGAACCCUGGGACUCACCUGGAAUUGUCUGCAGCAUCUAACAGGGUCACCAAGGCCCCCACCAGCCAGGAUGUGACACCAAGUACAGGACAAGGAACAUCAUCCAGCAAGCUUGAUCCUCAGUCCUCAGAAGAAGUCUUAUGGUUGAUUUCAGGGCCCGGUUCUGAGCCCCCAAGGGCACCAGCUCUCUCCAGGGCAGCUCACAGUGGUGGAGAAUCUCCGCUAAGAAUCUCCAUCCACGUGCAAGAGAUGGAUACUCCCGGGGAACUUCUUGUGACACGAGGGGGCAGCCUCAGACCCACUCCCCCUAUAGAGGUUCCAGCAGCUGCUUAUCCCAGUGAGCAGGACUUGCCUGGGCCCAGGUGCUGCUCUGAAGCUCCUGAGACUGAGCUGGGAGAACAAAACCCCAAAGAAGCCAAAGAGUUUACCCCACUGCAGAAGAGAAGCAGCGAGGCGGGAGCAGAUGAUGAGGAGAAGCAAGGGCCUGUGGCUGAGCCUGCCACCGGAUCAAGCUUCACCAGGAGGGACAAGGGAGAUGACCCUGCUGGGACCUCAGCCCUGCAGCAGGACAAAAGCUUAGGAGCAGGACAUCCUGAGCCUGGGAAUGACUGUGCAGCUGGGGUCACUCCAAGAACUGAAACAGGAAGGAGGACACCCCCAGAUGAUGGGGCUGGCAGCCUAAUUCUGGAUGACAGCCCAGCUCCACCAGCACCUUUUGAACACCGGGUGGUGAGUGUCAAGGAGACCUCGAUCUCAGCAGGUUACACGGUGUGCCAGCAUGAAGUCUUGGGAGGGGGCCGGUUUGGCCAGGUUCACAAGUGCACAGAGAAGUCCACAGAUCUCCCACUGGCCGCCAAGAUCAUCAAAGUGAAGAAUGCUAAAGACCGGGAGGAUGUGAAGAAUGAGAUCAACAUCAUGAACCAGCUCAGCCAUGUGAACUUAAUCCAACUCUAUGAUGCCUUUGAGAGCAAGAACAGCUUUACCCUGGUCAUGGAGUAUGUGGAUGGGGGUGAACUCUUUGACCGGAUCACAGAUGAAAAGUACCAUCUGACUGAACUGGACGUGGUCUUGUUCAUCAAGCAGAUCUGCGAGGGUGUGCAUUACCUCCACCAGCACUACAUUCUGCACCUAGACCUCAAGCCAGAGAAUAUACUGUGUGUAAAUCAGACAGGACACCAAAUUAAGAUCAUUGACUUUGGGCUGGCCAGAAGGUACAAGCCUCGGGAAAAGCUGAAGGUGAAUUUUGGUACUCCUGAAUUCCUGGCCCCAGAAGUUGUCAACUAUGAGUUUGUUUCAUUCCCCACGGACAUGUGGAGUGUGGGAGUCAUCACCUACAUGCUACUCAGUGGUUUGUCCCCAUUUCUAGGGGAAACAGAUGCAGAAACCAUGAAUUUCAUUGUGAACUGUAGCUGGGAUUUCGAUGCUGACACCUUUGAAGGGCUGUCAGAGGAGGCCAAGGACUUUGUUUCCCGGCUACUUGUCAAAGAGAAGAGCUGCAGAAUGAGUGCCACACAAUGCCUGAAACACGAAUGGUUGAAUAAUUUGCCUGCCAAAGCCUCGAAAUCCAAAGUUCGUCUCAAAUCCCAACUAUUGCUGCAGAAAUACAUGGCCCAGAGAAAAUGGAAGCCUACAACACAGCAGUCACCUCAAGAUGAGCAGGAGAAGCUCUUGGAUGAAGCCAUACAGGCUGUGAAGGUUCAGUCCUUCCAGAUGAAGAGAUGCCUGGACAAAAACAAGCUUAUGGAUGCUUUGAAACAUGCUUCUAAUAUGCUUGGUGAACUCCGGACUUCUAUGUUAUCACCAAAGAGCUACUAUGAACUUUAUAUGGCUAUUUCUGAUGAACUGCAUUAUUUGGAAGUCUACCUAACAGAUGAAUUUGCUAAAGGAAGAAAAGUGGCAGAUCUUUAUGAGCUUGUACAGUAUGCUGGGAACAUUAUCCCAAGACUUUAUCUGUUGAUCACAGUUGGAGUUGUAUAUGUCAAAUCAUUUCCUCAGUCUAGGAAAGAUAUUUUGAAAGAUUUGGUAGAAAUGUGCCGUGGUGUGCAGCAUCCAUUAAGGGGUUUAUUUCUUCGAAAUUAUCUUCUUCAGUGUACCAGAAACAUUUUACCUGAUGAAGGAGAGCCAACAGAUGAAGAAACAACAGGUGAUAUCAGUGAUUCUAUGGAUUUUGUACUACUCAACUUUGCAGAAAUGAACAAGCUCUGGGUGCGAAUGCAGCAUCAGGGACAUAGCCGAGAUAGAGAAAAAAGAGAACGAGAAAGACAAGAACUGAGAAUUUUAGUGGGAACAAAUUUAGUGCGCCUCAGCCAGUUGGAAGGUGUAAAUGUGGAACGUUACAAACAGAUUGUAUUGACUGGUAUAUUAGAACAAGUUGUGAAUUGUAGGGAUGCUUUGGCUCAAGAAUAUCUCAUGGAGUGUAUUAUUCAGGUUUUUCCUGAUGAAUUCCACCUCCAGACUUUGAAUCCUUUUCUUCGGGCUUGUGCUGAGUUACACCAAAAUGUAAACGUGAAAAACAUAAUCAUUGCUUUGAUUGAUAGAUUAGCUUUAUUUGCUCAUCGGGAAGAUGGACCUGGAAUCCCAGCAGAUAUUAAACUUUUUGACAUAUUUUCACAGCAGGUGGCUACAGUGAUACAGUCUAGACAAGACAUGCCUUCGGAGGAUGUUGUAUCUUUACAAGUCUCUCUCAUUAAUCUUGCCAUGAAAUGUUACCCUGAUCGGGUGGAUUAUGUUGAUAAAGUUCUAGAAACAACAGUGGAGAUAUUUAAUAAGCUCAACCUUGAACAUAUUGCUACCAGUAGUGCAGUUUCAAAGGAACUCACCAGACUUUUGAAGAUACCUGUUGAUACUUACAACAAUAUUUUAACAGUCUUAAAAUUAAAACAUUUCCACCCACUUUUUGAGUACUUUGACUACGAGUCCAGAAAGAGCAUGAGUUGUUAUGUGCUUAGUAAUGUUCUGGAUUAUAACACAGAAAUUGUCUCUCAAGACCAAGUGGAUUCCAUAAUGAAUUUGGUAUCCACGUUGAUUCAAGAUCAACCAGACCAACCUAUAGAAGACCCUGAUCCAGAAGACUUUGCUGAUGAGCAGAGCCUUGUGGGCCGAUUUAUUCAUCUUCUGAGGUCUGAGGACCCUGAUCAGCAGUACUUGAUUUUAAACACAGCACGAAAACAUUUUGGAGCUGGGGGAAAUCAACGGAUUCGUUUCACACUACCACCUUUGGUAUUUGCAGCUUAUCAGCUGGCUUUUCGAUACAAAGAGAAUUCUAAAGUGGAUGACAAAUGGGAAAAGAAAUGCCAGAAGAUUUUUUCAUUUGCUCACCAGACUAUCAGUGCUUUGAUCAAGGCAGAACUGGCAGAGUUACCCUUAAGACUUUUCCUUCAAGGAGCUCUAGCUGCUGGAGAAAUUGGUUUUGAAAAUCAUGAAACAGUAGCAUAUGAAUUUAUGUCCCAGGCAUUUUCUCUAUAUGAGGAUGAAAUUAGUGAUUCCAAAGCACAGCUGGCUGCCAUCACCUUGAUCAUUGGCACUUUUGAGAGGAUGAAGUGCUUCAGUGAAGAGAAUCAUGAACCCUUAAGGACUCAGUGUGCACUUGCUGCAUCCAAACUUCUGAAAAAACCAGAUCAGGGCCGAGCUGUGAGCACCUGUGCACAUCUCUUCUGGUCUGGCAGAAACACAGACAAAAAUGGGGAGGAGCUUCACGGAGGCAAGAGGGUAAUGGAGUGCCUAAAGAAAGCUCUGAAAAUAGCAAAUCAAUGCAUGGAUCCCUCUCUACAAGUGCAGCUUUUUAUAGAAAUUCUGAACAGAUAUAUCUAUUUUUAUGAAAAGGAAAAUGAUGCGGUAACAAUUCAGGUUUUGAACCAGCUUAUCCAGAAGAUUCGAGAAGACCUCCCAAAUCUUGAGUCCAGUGAAGAAACAGAGCAGAUUAACAAACAUUUUCAUAAUACAUUGGAGCAUUUGCGUUUGAGGCGGGAAUCACCAGAGUCUGAGGGGCCAAUUUAUGAAGGUCUCAUCCUUUAAAAAGAAAACAGCUCACCAUACUUCUUUCCAUGUACAUCCAGUAAGGGUUUUAUUAAACUAGGUAUCCCUUCCAUAGAUUGUGCCUUUCAGAAAUGCUGAGGUAGGUUUCCCGUUUCUUACCUGUGAUGUUUUUACCCAGCACCUCCGGACACUCACCUUCAGGACCUUAAUAAAGUUAUUCACUUCAUAAAUGUUCAAGUCUGUCUGAUCAUCCCAAGUAGCAUGACUGAUCUGCUAUUUAAAAUUUCUGUGAUCUGUGAAGGAAAAAAAAAAAAAAGACAUACACAGUUACCUUGGCUACUAAUGAAGCUCUCUCCUUUUGUUUUGUUUCAUUGUUGAUUGUGUAUUUUCUUCAUUACUGGGAGUACUAACCCAAAAGUAUCUGUCUCUUUGUUCUCUAGUCCAAUUUGAGAUUAAUUUAGAAGGAAUACUGUAUGUGUAAUUCAGCUUGGGCUUUCCCCUAAAUGCAAGGCCAUGUGUAAUAUUUUCCCUAAAACUAGAAUAUAUUAAUGCAUGUUUUGAGAAUUUUAAAGCACCAUGGUCAAAACCAGAAGCUAUAUUUUGCAUAUUUGGACUCAGCCAUCCAUUAAGAACCUAUGUUGUCCUCUGGAUAUAUUUAUCAAAAUAAUUUGGUUUUGAAUAGUAUAAAAUAGAAAAUUUGCGAUCUGUAUAAUUUAUGUAUAACCUUCAUUAUUGUAAAUUUAAUGGGAAGUGCAUCACAAUUAUGAUUUUUUUUGCACCAGUGAAACAAUAAAGUUGCUAUUAACAA